ACGCACGCGUUGCUCGGCUUUACGCGUUCUCUCCAAACACACGGAUCGUGUGUGUGUGUGUGUGAGUGAGUCUUACUCUCUGCUGCCUUCCUGCAUCUGACAGCGUCCCUCCCUCUUUCUCUCCCCUCCUCCUUCUCUCAUUAGGCUUUUCACCGGCUAAACACCGACACACUCCCUUUCCCUGAGACCGAGGAAUAAACACGGAACCGCGUCAGGAGCAGGACUGACCUUCCCCGUUGCGCACCAUCCAUGAUCCUCCCCUGGAUGUCUGUCUGACAGGAGGGUUGGUGGUGCUUUGCUAAAGUGACAGAGGCAAAGAGCACGAGAUAAGAGUCCUCCUAGACAGCAGGGGGCAGCAGAAACCAUGCAGGACUCAGCCUCAGAUGGCAGGAUGGCCAAACAGGAACAGAACUCCAAGCAUCUGGAUGAGCACAGAGAAACAGACGAAAUGUCUGAAAAGACAUCCCCAAACAAAAAUCUGAAAUCUCCCCAGAAAGGCUCCAAACGACUUAAAACCACCCCCUUCAAAGUGACUCUGCUGGACUCUUCUGAGUUCGAGGGAGAAAUUGAGAAACACUCCAAAGGACAGACCCUGAUGGACAUGGUGUGUGAGCACCUCAACUUGCUGGAGAAGGACUACUUUGGUCUGACCUUUGCCGACACAGACACCCAGAAGAACUGGUUGGACCCCUCCAAGGAGAUUAAGAAGCAGAUGCGCAACUGUCCAUGGCAUUUUGCAUUUGCUGUGAAGUUCUACCCUCCAGACCCCUCCCAGCUCACUGAGGAUAUUACCAGAUACUACCUGUGUCUUCAGCUAAGAGAUGACAUGCUGUCGGGUCGGCUGCCAUGCUCGUUCGUCACUCACACCCUCCUGGGAUCCUACACCGUUCAAGCUGAGCUAGGAGACUAUGACCAGGACGACCACGGCUCCGAUUACGUCAGCGAUUUCCGCUUCGCCCCCAAUCAGACUCGAGAACUGGAGGAGAGGGUGAUGGAGCUCCAUCGAAACCACAAGGGGAUGACUCCAGCAGAGGCUGAAAUGAACUUCUUGGAGAAUGCGAAGAAGCUGUCCAUGUACGGGGUGGACCUCCAUCAUGCUAAGGACUCUGAAGGGAUUGAGAUAAUGCUGGGUGUCUGUGCCAACGGCCUGCUGAUUUACCGUGAUAGGCUGAGGAUCAACCGCUUUGCCUGGCCAAAGAUCCUGAAGAUAUCCUAUAAGAGGAGUAACUUUUACAUAAAGAUACGACCCGGAGAGUAUGAGCAGUUUGAAAGUACAAUCGGCUUUAAGCUUCCCAACCACAGAGCUGCCAAGAGGCUGUGGAAGGUCUGCAUUGAGCAUCACACCUUCUUCCGGUUGGUAUCUCCAGAGCCUCCUCCUAAAGGCUUCCUAGUGAUGGGCUCAAAGUUUCGAUACAGUGGAAGGACACAGGCUCAGACUCGACAGGCCAGUGCUCUCAUAGACCGGCCUGCUCCGCACUUUGAGCGUUCCACUAGCAAGAGGUACCUGCUGUCCAGGAGCUUGGACGGAGCAGAGUUCUCACGGCCAGUCUCAGCCAUGUGUGAGAACCACGAUGGCGUGUCCCACCACAGCAUCAGUGAACAGCACCAUGUGCACAGCCCCUCUGCGGACGAGCAGGAGACCGAGCCUGAGCCCAGUCUGGAGCAGGAUGAGGAGGACAAGGUCCAAGAGCAUCAUGAGGAGAUGGAGCAUGACAAAGACGAUGAUGGCAAUGUCACUCCAAGCAGAAAGAAAGAAAUCAUGGAGGAGGCUGGGUCACCAGUUGACAAUAAACAGGAGUUGGAUCAGGAGGCUACUCCUCGGCACAAACAGGAGUUUCUGGAUAAGUCUAAGGACGUCUUGCUGAAGCACCAGGCCAGCAUCAAUGAGCUGAAGCGAGCCCUGAGGGAGCCCAACAGCAAGUUGAUGAACCGCGAGAAGCGUCUGUCAGCCACCUCGCCGACUAGCACACCAGAGAAGAAGGCUUUGGUGGGCCGAGUAGUGGGGAAGGAUCCUGUUAACAGCCUGUCUGUUGAGGGUUUCAUCCAGAAGACUCUGGUGACUUCACCUGAGGGCUCUGAGGAGUGGGUAUUGAUUGAAAAACAAGAAACUUAUCAACAAGGCCAUGACUGGAAGAUAGAAGAAAAGAAAUCUCUCUCAUCUGAUUCCUCAUGUGAGAAAAAGGAGCUGGAGAGAGGAAUAGAUGUUUGCAAGAUGAUACAUAAAGAGGUAACAGGGUAUGACAGAAAAGAAACGACAAGCCAUAUUGAUGAAUUUCCAUCAACAAAAUUGUCCAGAGAGGCAGAUGUAUGCUCUGAGCCUUGGCCAGAAAACAAAAGUCAUUUUGUGAUUCACUUAUCUGACAAUGCAGACUUGUUUCAAGACAAAUCUCAAAGUAAACCAUCUCAAGCCUCAGACCCUGAGGCAAACAACGAUGUGCCCCCAGGCUCACGGCAGAUAAAGGAACGCACAUCUUCUAAACCAAGGAAAAAGAGGAGACCCCAGAGCUUAAACCUGGGCAUGCCUGCAGAGCUCAUCUACAGAAAAGGAGGCAGUGAUUCUAGUGAAGAAGAAAAUGAGGGCUCCGAUUCAGACACCAGUCCAAAAAAAACAUGUAAAACAAGAACACAAUACGAGUCAUCAGCGAUGGUGAUGAUAAGAGGGAAUCAGGGAUCAGGAAAGGAUCAGUCUGUCAGGGUUUAUACAGACAGCAAACAAGAGGAUAUGUCAGUAGAAGAAAGCAGAGUCUCCAUUCAAGGAACAGAACAAGUAAAGAGAAAAGUGAGUCAGGUGGGAACAGCAGAUAUUGAUUUGGGCUCAGUGAACGGACCUGGAAAGAUGGAACAUAAUAGUUCAUUAGCAGGUGUUAAAGGAGAGUGUGUGAAGAAGGUGAGAGGACAGAGCCUUAUUGACAACAAAGAGCUAGCAGAAGUAAAAUUGCGACAGGUCAGGACGCACGAGAGGAAGAUCAGUAGUUCUGGGGGAGAGGAUAUUGAGGGUUUCAUGGGAGACAGAGGUCAGAGGACGUCUCUGCAUCGACUGUCAAGCAGCAGCUACCAGACAGAAAUCACCAGGAUUGUUCCUCUCAAACCGGAGAGGUCUAAGAGUGUAGCGUGUAAGGAUGAAAGGGACAGGACAGGCUACGAAGAGCCCACUCGGGUCAUCAGAAGAGAGUACCGCUGGUCGGUGGGCUCUCCAGAGGGCUCCUCAGACCUCAACUGGACCGACAUCACCACCUUCCAUCCAGCAUUUGCAGCAGAUCUGGAGGGUAUCGCUAAAACAGAACAUAAUGAUAGCUAUCAGUUGGGCAGAGGAUCAGAGGGUCAGGCGUUCAGCUCAAAGAUUUCAGCAUUUCCCAAAGUGGCUCCCCCAGCUCCGCCAGUGAAAACACAGAAGACCAGGGAGUCUGGACUAAUCCUGCGGAACAGCCGAAGUGCCGGCAGGGAGCCGAGCCUGGAUGGAGCCAAGAAGAGACACUCGGAGCCUGUCUCUACUCCUGCCAUCUAUGAGGAGCCAUUUGCUGAUUUUAAGAAUGAGCUGGGGGACAGGAGGCCCCAGCCAAGCGUAGCCACAGAAGAGGAGCAGGAGCGGGACACGGUGGCCUGCAUGAGGGAAACCCAUCUAGGCAUUGAACGCAAGUGCUCCAGUAUGACGGUCAGCUCCACAUCCAGCCUGGAGGCUGAGGUGGACUUCACCAUCCUCACGGAUCUCCACUCAGGCGUGGAGGACUUUUCUAAAGGCAUGUCAGAGCUGGGAGAGAGGGAUCAACAGCCAGAGGUGGGCCGGGAGGACUUUGAAGAAACCUCCAGGUUCUACUCAGCCCGUUUAAUGGGCUCCCGGGAUAAGUCUCCCAUGGAGGAGAAGCUUUCUGAGGAGAGAACACAUCAUGAGCCUCCUGUGGCAAAGAAAGACGCCAGUGCUGUGAGCAUGGCCCAUAUGCUGAAGAGGGCCGAUACCAAGACCGAGACACAAACGAAUGGAUCAGAGGUCCACCCCAACAUUAUAAAUGUCUCACCACAGAACUAUGGAGUCAUCAGCCUGCAGGAGGCUGCUCAUAAAGAAAAUGGCUCCCCUGUAAAAGCUGGCACCCAGGGGCCGGAGUCUGUAGUGUCCCCACUGACUUUCAUGGCUGAGAGUGUCACUUCAGCAACCACAACUCAAGUGACCAAGACUGUGAAAGGAGGCUACUCAGAAACCAGAAUUGAGAAAAGGAUUAUAAUCACAGGAGACGAUGAUGUGGACCAACAUCAGGCGCUCGCCAUGGCAAUCCAAGAGGCUAAGCAGCAGCACCCCGACAUGCUGGUGACAAAAGCAGUGGUAAUCAGGGAAACAGAGUCUCCCACUGAGGAGCGGCAGCAGAGAGCAGAGUCCUGAUUGGUCAUGGUGGCUCCUGAGAAGGGGGGACAGAGGAUCCUUCAGCCGCGGGUCUCCUGCCUCGCUCUGCAGUAUGCCACCAACUGGAUAACAGGACUCUCUCCCCCACUGUGUACACGAGAACAGACUGCGUUCCAUGAAGCAGUAGACCACCACUCCAGUCCCUUUAGACAUACCAACUGUGACUCGGCUUCUGAUCCGACCUGCCCUCCCUCUCGUUCUAUCCCAGCCCAUCUCGGUCCUCCACCUGCUUAUGGAACAGGAAAUGUCUUCUAUUACACGAGUUACUACUCUGUUUAAUCAAGUGGAGUGAUGCAAAAUCGAAAGAGAAACCUGGUCACAUCUCUUACUAUUUGAAUUCACUUCUGUUAGAGUCACUUGUUUGAAAUUUUACUCUCAUAUUCAUCUAAGGCAGUUUGACUCAUUUGAAUCAAUCAGUUUUUAAAUCCCAACCCUCUCCAGCCCCAGCACCCUUCCCUUGAAACCUCCUUUCUGUUUUAAAGUCAUAAAUAUCUUCCCUGUGCUACUGUUACAUAUGAAAUGAAUAUAUAUGAGCAGAAUGGUUGAGUGAGAGUAUGGGGACGAUGCUGGUGGUGGGGUCAGGAGGUUGGUGCCAAGUAGCAAGAGGCAGCCUUUUGCUUGUUGUUGCCACCUUUUAGCCGCGACACCUUCAGUAUAAUCAACAGCUGUCUCAUUAGCUUUUUCAAUUUUUAUCUAUAGAGGAUCUAAUUUAUGUCCAGUGUUUGCUUGUGUAUGAAAUAUGUAUAAUAUCAGAUGAUUAUAAUCUGCAUGAUUCAAUGAAAUAUUUGCGGAGGAAAUAAAAAAAAAAUAGGGACAUGUCCAUAUUUGAAAUCUAUAAGACUGAGUACCUUUGGAGAAACUUUGGCAAAACAAACAAACAAACACACACACGCAUGCAUGAAAACACCUGACUGGACCAAUCAGUAAUGGACACAUGCUAAUGUUGACAGACUCUACUGAAGAAUGUAAGGACAGUUCAGUGGACAGCUGGAACUCUGCUUUGGUUCCAUCACUGUCCUCGUCUCGUUUUCCCACCUUCACUGUUCCUGUUUUCAUUUUGGUGUCAACUCACCAUCAACGUGUAGAAAUGCUGUUCACACAUUUUUUAGAGAAAUUUUAAUAUAAAUAAUGUUUGUUUCAGAAAUGUGCUGUUUUUACUUUUUUCAUACUUGAUUUUACUGACUUCCAUCAGGAAACAGUUGAUAUAUUAUUCAUGUGUUUUUGGACAUUUCAGUCUUCAGGUGCGAACAUGCUGACAGCGCUCUUUAAUAUCCAAGUCCUCCUCUGACAAGGGCUUAAUUUGUUUGUUCUGUUCCUUUGCAAGAUGUUAAGUGAAACAUGGCAGGGUUCUCUACAGGGUGUAAGAUGCAGACCUAGAGUUUGCCAGAUUGUGAAGCUGUGAUGCAAUUCAGUGAAAUUCAUUGAACUGAGGGACAGACUUACAGUCAUUUUGUUGUGCCUGAAAUAUCUGGAAUCUGUUUGCUGUUUGUUCCAGAUUUAAAAUAUUAAGUGAUGUCCCUGUCAAUAAUCAUUCAGUCAUUCAUUUCUUGAACCUGCUGUAACGGACUUUUUGGCCACUAGGAGCUGUAAACAGAACAAUGAGGUAUCCUCACCUUACAGACUUGUUGUGGCUAAUGUGUUAGCAAAGAGUUAUCUAUUUAAUCAUCCACCCGAUGCAAAACAAAAUUGCCAUUAAUUUGGAGUCAUAGUUCUGAUACAUUACUCAUUCUCUUUUUGGCUGUAUUAUUAUAGCUUUUAUUCCUUAGCAGCUUGAUUCCUUAGCUUGCUGUUAACUGUGUCUGCAGUCUGAACAUAGGUGGCUGAUUAGGUUUUUCAUAGAAAAUUGCAAACUGCUAGUGGAAAUGAUGCUGAUGAGAGCAGUGAUGAGAAUGAACCAAAACCUGUGGAUUGUAAAACCAAAACAGUGAUCUAACUGAGGAUAAAACACUGCAUAGAGCUGAAGGAAGCACAGGUUUGGUUAAGAUUUACAUUUACAGAUUUGCAGCCUUAACUGGAGACUUUACAUUUGAUUUACAGUCAUAACAAACUAUGGACCUUUGCAGCUUUAAACAGCAACUUGAAUAAGCAAUGUAGAUGUUGAAUCACUGUGCAUGUUCACAAACACUGCCUGAAAGGUACAAAACCACAAUAUUAACAUGGGUACUUUUUUGUUUUCUGUUGGAUUAACUCUUUUAAGUUAUGGUGUAUGAAUUUGUAAUUGUAUUUAUAGGAGUGCUGUACGUGAGGCCUGUGCUUUUCUUCCCUGUCCCCUUACAGACGAGACUCAUAGUGUGACACACAUAAUUAUCCACAGAACCUUUUGGCUGUCACAUAAGAUAUAUCCUGGUUGACCUUUGAUAUGAUACUAUGCAUCACAUUAUACAUACAAAUCCCUCUGCGAGAGCCAGACUCAUGUUAGAUGUGUUGCGCCAUCGUUGUGCUCCUGUUAACCAGAGCAGUGAAGCGCACUUGCUUGUGAGAUUUGCAAUAAGCAGCCAUUAUUCUUAUCUGUCCAUUAAAGGGAGAAAACUGUGAACUCUCAUGCGUACCGAAGCGUAACCAAAACCUAUAACACAGAGUUAGUGAGACUCAAAGGAGUGUUUCCAGCACUUGUCCCCUAUGGCUUUGUUUCCCUCGUCCAAUAAUCCUCCCGUGCUCUGACUUGAAACUGUCGACCUGCUGUUGAUGUGUCUGUGGAAAUGGAUUCCCAAAUGGAUGAUUUGUAUAUUCUGUUUUGAUCUAUUUUAUUUUAACCGGCCAUAUGACACUGGACCGUUGUAAAGGCGCAUGCUUGCAGCGCAUAAACUAUUGGGAAACAUGACCUAUCUUUACUGUAGUAUUUAACACACUACUGACUGAAGAGAAUUGACAUCAGGAAAGAACAUGUGUACCAUGAGCAAGGUGGUGAAUUGAAGGAUGGCUGGCCUGUAUUUAUCCAUAAAUAUCCAUACUUCUGUGUAUAUCCUGUAAACUAUGUAGAAAUCGACAAGAGCAAUUUUUGGGUUCAAGGGAUGAGGCAGAACGUCAGAUCUGAAGAACAGCAGUGUAACAGAAAUGCCACACGAAUGGGUGCCUUAUGUUUAGAGUUGUGGUUGUGGGAGCCACAGUUAUCAGUGCUGUUCACCACCACGAGGUAGACAUAGAAACAACCACUCCUCUCAGUUCAUGGGGAGGAGGAGCUUUCUUGAAAGUGAAACACUAGUCUCAUAAAGAAUGAAAAGAAAGUGUAGUGAAAAAGAAGUCUGUUAGUUUUCAGUGAGAUGAAAGCAUUUAUUGGCCCCAUUAACAUAGAAAAUCAGCAUUAUGGAUAUAAGCUUUUUGCCCCUGCUGUUUAGCCUCCACCUUCAAUUCUCCACUUGCUUUUGCUCUACAUUCCCCUAGUGCUUGGUGGUGUGUAUUUGCUGUAUUUGCAUUCAGUCUCAAUGGAAAACAUACAUGCAUAAAUAAAUGUCUCAAUAUGAUUCAAACACUGUCUCUGAUUCUGAAAAGAGGGAGAGGGAUUUCACUUUGACUAGUUAACAACAAUGAGUAAGUGCAACUGUGGAAAAAUUGUUGUAGCUUAAAAAUGUCCCUUUAUAUGUAAUAAAGGGCUUUUGUAAUAUCAGAGUAAUGAAGGAUUACUGUGUUAUUGUAGUGGAACAAAGGGAAAAUGAAGUUAUUUUGUAUUGCCAUCUUGUGGCCAAAAUGCAUAUAACAAUGGUGUAGACUUGUUAUUUGUGUGUUCCUAGUGCCACCUAGUGCAUUUCUAAACUAGACAAACAAAUUC